AUCACCACAUUUCCCUCUCAACCAUUUCUUCUUCUUCUUCUUCUUCUUGGCAUUGUAGAAAUUAUCAAAUUUGUAUCAACCAUGGCAAGAUCAGCUUCUGGUUUCAAUGACAACUCAAGGACAGUUUGUGUAAUGGAUGCCUCCGGUCAUCUCGGUUCUGCCCUUGUGCACUUGCUCUUGCAUCGAGGUUACACUGUCCAUGCUGCAGUUCAACACCAUGGUGGAUUCCAAUCCGUUAAGGGGAUGCCUUGCAGUAGUGAAAAAUUAAGGGUAUUUGGUGCAGACCCCUUUGACUACCACAGCAUAACAAAUGCAUUGAAAGGAUGUUGUGGCUUGUUUUACUGCUUUGAACCUCCCUCUGAUCACUCCACCUAUGAUGAAUAUAUGGCAGAAUUUGAGGUGAGAGCAGCUCACAAUGUGUUGGAAGCAUGUGCUCAAACAGAUACAAUUGAAAAGGUCGUUUUCACAUCCUCUGUAACUGCCGUGAUAUGGAACGAAGGUCGCAAAACAGCUUCGUCUGAUUUCGACGAAAAGAACUGGAGUGACAUCAACUUUUGCAAGAAGUUAAAGUUAUGGCAUGCAUUAUCAAAGACACUAGCAGAGAAGUCAGCUUGGGCACUGGCAAUGGACCGUGGCAUAAACAUGGUGACCAUUAAUGGAGGGCUGUUGAUGACUCCUGAUCUAACCAUCACAAACCCAUAUUUAAAAGGAGCAGCUGAGAUGUAUGAGAAUGGUGUAUUUGUUACCGUGGAUCUCAGGUUCAUCGCGGACGCUCACAUUUGGGUGUUCGAAGACAUCUCAUCCUACGGACGAUAUCUGUGCUUCAACCAUGUUAUCAAUUGCAGCCAAGAUGCUGAUAAGCUUGCCCAAAUGCUAUUACCAUCCUCUGAUUCUUCACCUCCUCGAAGUUUGGAGGACACAAGAAUCUACCAACAGAGAAUAAGCAACAGGAAGCUGAACAAUAUGAUGAUGGAGUUUGAGCAUGAUCAACUUCUGACAAAUUGAUCUGUAGACUGAUGGAGCAGGCAGGCUACUGUCUUUUAUUUUCCAGAAGUUUUGUAUGUUUAGGAUCCGCUAUUCAUACCCUCCAAUUUAUAUUCUUAAAAAAUCAAAAUAGCUAUCAGUUUUUAAAGAAGUUUGCUUAGCACAUGGUUUAGUAGAUUUCAGGAUUCUGAUUAUAUCUCCAACCGCAAGAUGGAGGAGAUAAUUUAUUAUAUGCUAUUAUUAUUUUCAGCCAUUGGCCUGCAAAGAUAACAAUUGACCUUUUAGUUCAAAACAGUAUUCAAAAUUACUAGUGCUCUGUAUUGAAAUUUGUUGUUUUAAAGCCAAAUUUGAUUAAUGAACUGUUAUGUCUGGCUGAUGAUAAUCUUUUUUGUUGUCAUGGCUAAUUUUAUCUCAACAGAAAGGAAACUAGCCACCAU